AUGCAGACCUCCCAAUGGCUUCUCGUCACUCAUCAGGAUAACAUUAACAAACUACCACUAAGGACCGACGUUGUCUUAGUCAUGCCAACACCACCGGCAUCCCCUCCUCAACCACCAAAACUUCUGCAGCAACCACCACCAUCAUCCUCUCCUCUUAUGCCAACAACCACAGCUUCUACCGCCUCAUCGUCCGCCGCUCUUCCACCACCCAUCACCGCCACCACCUCCACCUCUUCACUCCCUUCCACAACCACAUCACCUCCUCUACCUUCUUUACCUUCUCCUUCCCAAAACCCUCAACCCCCAACAUCCACCCUCAACCCCCAAAUCACCAACUGA